UGGAAUUCAAAGAUCAUAUAUGAAUACAGCGUUUGCGUCUCCAACGAGAACGACAAUGCAUCACCGCCAAUAUGGAGAACUCCCAACCCCAUCUUUCUACCAUUCCCACGCCACCGGAAAAUUCCCCGCCUCCAUCCUCUGUAACGCCGCAUUCCGAUCACAGAUAUUCGCUCAUUUUUGGAAGGUUCAGAGACGCCCUAUUCUCCGCCGCCGCCGCCAAAUAUGCGACCAAUGGCAGCGCCCACUCCUUGCCCUUCCCCUCCGAGCAGUUCAAGUCCGUUAUCGAGUGCUGUCUUCAUCAGAAUUUCCCUUCCUUUCGCACUCCCACUCAUCUUCCAUAUGCCUCGAUGAUACAGAAGGCAAUAACUGAAGUGGGAGAGGAAGAUGGGUUGAGUGAGGAAUUAAUAUCUGAGUUUAUUGUGAAUGAGUAUAAGGAUUUACCAUGGGCUCACCCUGCAUUUUUGCGUCGCCAUUUGGGGAAGCUUUGUGAAAGUGGGGAGCUAGUGAAAUCCAAAUGUGGGAAGUAUAACUUUAAGGUGGAGGGUAAGGAAGUAAAGAGGAAGAAGCGGAGGAGGAAGUCAGCAGGAAGGAGUCGUCGCCGAGAAGUGGAGAGUGAUGAUGAGAUAGAAGAGGAUUUUGAUAGGAUAAAGCGAUCAAAGAAACUGAACAUAAGAGGACCCCGUGCGGAGGAGGUAGUAACAAGUAAAGGGUCUAAAGAACAAAAUAAUUCAUUGAGAGAAGUAAUUGUUGGGGCUGAAGAUGGAGAUCACGCACAUAGAGGCCAAGUUGUGCUGGAUGAACUUGAAGAAUUUCAAGAAGAUGAAAUGAUUGACAAGCAUCAUAGAGAGGAAAUCAAGUACAAAUAUGCGGCUAAUGAUUUUAAUCUGCCAAAGAAAUCACGGAAUCUAGUGAUUAUAGGUCUUCAUGCUCCAGUAGCUAUUAAGGAGAUUGAAAAACAAAGUCGUUCAUUGGGGAGAAAAGUUCAUGAAGCUGAAGAAGGAGAUCAUGCGAAAGGAGGCCAAAUUCAAGUGCUUGGUGAUGUUAAAGAAGUUCAGGCAGAUGUAAUGAUUGACCAACCUUGUGAAAAAGAAGUCAAGAGUAGACAUGUUAUUCAAGAUAUUGAUGAGAAAAGGCAAUCACAGACCGUGGCAGCUGCAAAUCUCGGUGCACAGGAGGCACUAGCAAUGAUAGGGAUUGAAGCAAAAUGUGGUUCGUCGAGAGAAGAAAUUGGUGGACUUACGGAAGUUAGAAAAGUUGAAAUGAUUAAUGAUCCUCACGACGUGGAAGCUAAGAGUACAGAUAGGGCUGAAGAUUUUGGAGAGAUAAAACAAUCACAGGAUGUAAUGGUUGUUGGACUUCAUGCAAAAAAAGCACUACUGAUUAAAGGGACUGAAGACCAAUGUAGUUCAUUAAGAAAAAAUGUCGAUGGGGCUGAGGGAGACUGUGAACAAGCAGGCCAAACUGAAGUGCUAGGUACAUUCAAAGGAGGUCAAGAAGUUGAAAUGAUCGACGAGCAUCAUGAAGAGGAAAGACAAGGAGAAAUGAUGGAAGAACCAAAAGAGAGAGCAUCCAAGGGAUCAAACGAAGAAGAGGGUCCUGGUGAAGAAGCCACUUUGGAUUUCUUUGAUGCUAUGCCUAACGAUGACGAUGCUAAAGAAAAUGGAGUGGUUGAUGCUCAAGGCUGCCAGAAGUUACAAGAGGAAAAUGAAGAUUUGGAGUUCUUUGAUGCGAAGUCUGACCAUGGAGACAAUGAGGCGAAUGAAAUAACCGGUGCUCAAACUUCCAAGGGGAAGGUACUUGGUGAAGUUGGCAAUAAACAAAAUAGACUGGAAGAACAACGAAUAUCCAAGGUGAGCGAUGAUCAAACUGGAAUAAGCAAGGGCUGUGAGGCUGAGAACCCUCAACUAUCCAAUAAGCAUCCUCGAGUUAGAUGGCCUUCUGAAAUAACUGGAACUUGGAGAACUAGUAUAGCAGCAUCCCCACCUCUUGAGCAUCAGACCAUGGCGCCAAAGCAUUCAGAGCAAGUGGUGCGUGGUACAUCUGAGGCAGACAAAAAUGAAUAUUCUGAGGCAAUAUUGACUAAAGAUGUUAUUUGUAGUCCUAAGAGUCAACCAAGGGGGCACCGUGGGCGAGGGAGGCCUCAUAAGUUGAAAAUUCAAGAAACUUUUGCAACUUCAUUAUCUUCGCCUGCUGGAGAUUGUGACCAGCAAUUUCUGGAAUCAAAUGUGGAAGACAGAGAGACAUCUGGCCCAGAUAUGUGCAAAGACACUCAUCAUAUUGAUCAGCAGCAACUCAAGCUGCCAAGAGGAAGGGGCAGAGGUAGAGGUCGGGGAAGGCCUCGAAUAAUGAGACAAGACUGGAUUUCGGUGCCAGAGACGUUCUCACCUUCCCAGUAUUUGCAUCACCAGCAAUCUCCUGCAAAGAGAGGCCGUGGUAGGCCUCCCAAACAAAAAUUUGAUGAAGAUACUGUAUCAAAGGACAUCUCAACUGUAGAGAAUGACCAGCAAGAACGAAAGGGUCGUGGUCGUGGUCGUGGUCGGGGCCGGGGCCGUGGCGGUGAAAGACCUUCCAGAGGAAGAAAGAGGGAGAAGGAAUCAUUUGAUACGUUCAAUUGCUAAGUAUAUUAAUUAGUAUUUAGGAAAAUUUAACAUCUGAUUUUGUUGCUUGUUUCACCGCGCGAGUUUGCCACUUUCCUUUUACCUUCACACCUUUAUAAAAUUUAAAAUUCACACUGUAA